GCGCAGGUAGGUAAAAAUCAUUUGAAAUUCAAGUGUUACAAAGUAGGUAAUUGGAAAAUCCGAUUCACAAGGAAACCCUACACCAUCGUUGCCUACAACUCUCAAAGUUGUUGGGAAACAAUCGUAUGUUUCCUCGAUCGCGCCCAGGCGAUCCGAAUUUUACAGAUUUCUAAUCCUAAUUUGCACUGCUCCAAAUUUUACAGAGAGAUCCUAAUUGCACAGAAUCCCCGACUCCCCGAAUGACCGACUCUAUCUUGAGGAAUCCGCCGAGGAACAAAUCGGUACUGGUGCUGGGUGAUAAUGCGAGCGGCAAAACUUCCCUCAUCGCCAAACUGCAUGGCGUUAGGGUUCCAUACCACGCAUUCGGUAUCGAGUAUGCCUACAUCAACGUGCCGGACAAACAACAAGAUGAUGUCGCGCGUCUGGAUGUUUGGAUUCUAGAUGGCGAUCCAGUAUACAAAAAACGGCUCAUAUUUGCUCUAGACGAUCGAAACUUCUCAGACACGCUUGUCAUACUUACCAUCUCGAUGGCAACACCCUGGAUGUGGAUGGAUCAGCUGCAGCACUGGAUGAAGAUACUGACCGAACACGUCGCAACGCUAAAGAUAGCACCAGAGGAAAAAUAUCGAUGUCAGCUACGCUUAACAACGGCUUGGCAGAAUUACUGGCAAACGAUCGAUACCGGUUCACCAACCAGGGGUAAGUUUAACGCAAUACCGUUGCCGAAAGGUGUCCUUACGAACAAUCUAGGCCUUGAUGUGAUCAUCGUCGUUACCAAGACCGAUUACAUGAUAGCGCUUGACAAGGAGUACGACUUUCGGAGUGAGCAUUUUGCCUUCAUGCAGCAAAGUAUACGACGGUUUUGUUUAAUGUACGGAGCCUCACUUUUCUACACCAGUGCGAAGGAGGGCAAGAACUGCGAUCUACUGUACCAAUACCUUAUGCAUCGGAUGCAUGGUUUACCAUUUCGCACGUCCGCCCAGAUCGUUGAGAAGGAUGAGAUGCUAAUACCGGCAGGUUGGGACAAUACGAAUAAAAUCGCCAAACUGUCCAUGAAACUGUACACAAUUAAACCGAACGAUUACUACAACGACAUAAUCACUAAACCGUCUUGGAGUAGUGUUGUUAAAAAAUAAAUCGUGAGGACGAAACUCAAACGGAGAACAACCAAGCAUUAUUUGCGUCUCAUUGGAAUCAGUUCAGAUUGCAGCUUAACAGCUCCAAAAAAUUUCCCAGAUGCCGCGACUGUUCAGGACACACCAACGAAAAGCGCUAAAAAUAUAUCAGACAACUUCAUUUCCCUUCGACACAAGUAAUCGCAUUC